CGCGCCCCGGUGUUAUGCCCGCGGUCGGUCCAUCGAUCUCGGGGAAUGUGGAAGUCUCCGGGGGACUGAUGACCGAUUGGGGGUGAAGUGAAGUGAAGUCUGACUGUGGCAGAGUUCUUUUGUCCGCCUCCCAUCUCGCUAGAGAGUGAGGCACCGGCAGUUUGAGAGGAGCCACUGACUCAUCGUCCUUCACCGUAUAAGUAGGUCAACCGAAUAAGACAAAGAUGUCUUCCACACCAGACAUCCUUCCUGUCAUUCAGAGGAGAAAUCCCGAGAGAGAGUUUGAGAUUCUCAAACAGAUCGGCAGCGGGACUUACGGAGAGGUCUUCAAGGCGAAAGUCAUGAAGACUUUAGAGAUGGUUGCCCUAAAGAUUAUCAAGAUCGAGCCAGGAGAGGAUUUCAACAUCAUACAGCAGGAGAUCCAAAUUCUAUCAGAUUGUAAACACCAAAACAUAGUGGGUUACUAUGGCAGCUACCUCAGCUCUGGCUACGACCCGGUCCUGGAGGAAGAGAGGAGGGAUAAACUGUGGAUUGCAAUGGAGUUCUGUGGAGGAGGUUCACUGCAAGACAUUUAUCACGGUCAGUCUAUACAACCACCACAACCUGAGGGGCUCAGUUCACCUCAAUUGUUUGCAAAGCCUUUUUUUAAUAAACAAUCCUCAGAAUGUUUUGCACUGCACUCUUCAGCUAUAGUCAAGGUAUUCAGGGUAGUACGUUGGCCUAUCCUUACCCCCACUUGUGUCAUAAAAGUAUGAAAGUUUAAGCAUAUUUUCUGACUGCACCAUCCAGC